AUUUACUUUCACAGAUGCUGGUUUUUAUUCUCAGGGGUUUUUCUUUCCCUCAACUAUUUACUUUCAUUUGUUUAUCAGACGGUUUUUUUUUUACCUUGAUAUGGAUGCUCCUUCUCUAUACCCAGUGUUUUUCCUUGGGUGCUAUCUGGCACGCCCUGAGUAUGGCAAGUUAUGAAGUCUACAUCAUUUAACUAUCUCCUUUUCUUUUUUGUUUUACUCUUUUUUUUUUUUUUCUCUCCAAGAAGCGGGAAGAUCUUCGAAGAAAACAAAUAAACACCUACCCCUCAUUUUAUAACCAAUGGAGCCGCAUUGGCCUUCUCUAUCAGCAGCCAAAACCCACAGAGACAGUUGGACCGAAAGAUUCCUCGUCGAACGGACAGAGGACCUAUGCCGAUUCGUCGAAUCCGUCCGCGGCUUUGGAAGAUGUACCGCCAUCUCCCGCUGCCGAAGCGGUCACAAUGUAAUUCUGCGGCUACGGUGGCAGGCCUCCGACGCGAGUGACUGGGCGAUCCGCAUCCCUAUCCCCGAGAACUCAGUGUUCAUGAGGGAAAAGCUACGGAACGAAGUCGCCAUGCUAAACUAUCUUGACACUCAUACCACCGUGCCUAUCCCUAGGGUGUACAAGGUAGGAACGGCAGCAGACAAUCCGACGGGCCUUGGGCCGUUUAUCAUUACAAAUUGGAUCAAGGGGAGGAGUCUCGUGAAGGUCCUUCGGGAGCGGAAUUUGCUUGCGCCCGAUGGCUUUGUCCUUGUGCCGGAGGGCGAGCGGAUCAUGAAACGCGUCUAUGGCCAGAUUGCCGGGUUCCUGCUGCAGCUCUGGACGAAGGAGUUUGAGAAGAUUGGCGCGGUCGGUGUAUAUGAGGGCGUGGGCGCGCGCGCGGGCGCGUUGGGUGGUUAUGAAGUUCGGUACCCGCCCCUAACUCUUUAUAUGAAUGAGCUGGUGAGGAGGUACGGGUUGAAGAAAACUGCGCUCCCCCAGCAGACAUACUCGCGCUCCCAUGAGUAUUUCAAGGCCCUCCUUGGAAUGCAGUGGUCCCAUGUCGUGCUCCAGAAGAACAGUGUCAGAAACUCAACAGACGCAAGGGAAAAAUUUACUGUCCGGGGCGCGAUGGCCCUCGUGGCGAGCUCCUUUAUCAGUAGGGACGUAGACAACGAGGCACCCUUCAGACUAUUUUCUGACGACUUCAGUCUUUCCAACGUGCUUGUGGACGAAAAUUUUGAAAUCACCGGGAUUACAGACUGGGGUUUUACCUACGCGGCGCCCUCGCAAUUUGCAUACAGCUGCCCAUGGUGGCUGACGGCUUUACCGCCAGAUACAAUUAUACAGAGGUUCGGCAUGAGCCGAUUCAGAGAGGUGUACACUCGCCAGUUUGCUAUUUUCGUAGACCAACUGAAACUACGCGAGAUCGAAAGCGGCAUGCAAGGGCCUGGCUCGCUGUCGUCGAAGAUGGUGAACUCCUUUCUGAACCGUGGAGCCUGGUUCGUGCUCGCGUGUCGCAUGGGUGCCAUACUGGACGACGUAUACUGGAGCAUUCUUGACAAUUUUUGCUGGGGCAGGGUGGUCUCUAGGGACGAGCGCGUAAUGUGGUUGGCAGCGGUCGCUGCAGACCGUGACUACUAUAUACGAGACCGGGAAGUAUUUGUUGAGAGGAAAAUCCGCGAUCUGAUAGAGUACUGUCGGUUAAUGGGGAUACCAUGUACUGAGCGGUAUGCGCCUCCUCCAUCCGUUGUCAGGCUGCCUAGAGUCAUGAUGGAUAAAAUGACACAGACGCCGUCGAUGGUUGCUAGCGAGGGUGGUGAUAAUAUCAAUACCAAUGACGAUUACGAUGGUGACGAUGAUAUCGAGGAAGAAGAUAGCGACGACGACGACGACGACGAUGAUGUAUAGACAGACAUACCGGCUUUCCACCUACGUUUUGUCUUUGUUCCCUAUACUUUGUAACAAAAACAUUUAUCUUCUGUCGCUCCCCCUCUUUUUCUCGUCUUUUGCAUUCUUUUUCUUUUUUUUCCCCUUUUCUUAGGUUGCUCCUUUUCUUCCCUAUUUCGUCUCCUAGUUUGGAUGAAAGUUUGAAUAGAUGAUGGGCUUGGUAGAGUAUAUUUCUGCCCUGUGGAUCGGUUUUUUGUUUAUUCAUAGGUAUGUACGUAUCUACGGUACGUACUGUACAUAUAUGUGCGGAGUACUACAUAGGUAGUUUGCUGCUUCGUUUCUAUCAAUAAGAUAAAUCAAACUAACUGGAGGGUGAGGUGGAUUAGUAAAAGAUUAUGCUAUGCAUAUCCGCCCGGAUUGUAUUCUAUACUGUGCGUACGGUAAGCUGUGUGUAAUACAUACAGCCUAUGUAUGAGAGGAAUAUUAUUAAACGUCAGAACCUACUUGGGCAACUAAAACGUCCGUGUCCGGACUUAUAAUAAUAAUAAGUAGAGCAUGCUUUUCAUAGCUCAUUUCUUGUCACUUUCAUUUCCCAACUGAGAGGGAAGGGAAGGGAAAAGGUACGAGGGCGAUGUGAAUAAAACAAAAAUAGAAAAGAAAAGAAAAGACAAGAAAACACAAAGAAGGAAGCUCGGAGGGAAGAUCGUAUUUGUUAAAAACAUAAAUUCGCGGGGUACUAGUUUCUAUUUUCACAUUGAACACAUAAGCGAGAAAAGCAAAACGGCGAGAAAAGAUAGAAAGAGAUAAAAACCGGACAGAGCUGCAAUGUAAUAGUUAUAUAAAUGGCAAAACAAGGGUAGGUUUCGUAUAGAAGAUGUGGGAUAACGAUGCCACGUUAAGGGGGGUGGGUGAGGGUUACGAACUGAUAAAUGCAUAGCAGAAAGCACAAGCAAAACCAAAACCAGAAGCGCAGACAGACAAUGAAGAAAGACAAUAAUAGCAUUAGAGCUCAUACAUAUCCAUGAAUAACUAUCAUUACAGUGACGA